AUGCACAGGCUUGGUGCAGUGCAUCCACGCAGCCUCCUGCUGCUGGCGCUGCAGCUGCUGACUCAGCUCCCGUCUGCACACUCAGCUCUCCGGUACCGAGUGGCGGAGGAGGGCCCCCCUGACGUCAAGAUAGGAAACGUGGCCGCAGACCUGGGCCUGACUGCAGGGACAGGCAGUGGGGAUGUGACGUUUGCUCUGGAGAGUGGCUCUGAAUACUUCAAGAUAGACAAUGUGACAGGAGAGCUGACCACGGGCCAAAAGCGCAUAGACCGAGAAAAACUGCCCCAGUGCCAGAUGAUCUUUGAUGAGAAUGAGUGCUUUCUAGACUUUGAAGUGUCAGUGAUUGGGCCUCUCCAGAGCUGGGUUGACCUUUUCGAGGGCAGAGUGGUCAUCACAGACAUCAAUGACAACACUCCUUCCUUUCCCUCACCUGUGCUCCAGCUCUCAGUGGAGGAGAAUCGCCCCAUAGGCACGCUGUACCUCCUGCCCACUGCCACAGACAGAGACUUUGGCAAAAAUGGUAUUGACAGAUAUGAGCUCAUUCAAGAUGGGGCAACUGUCCCAACAUCCACUAGGCGCACAGUGGGGGGAACCACCAACACACGAAUAGAAGGAGACAGAAGAGGCAGAAGUGGAGACACUGCUGGCCCCAGGAGCAGUGUAUUUGAGCUCCAGGUGGCAGAUAUACCAGAUGGCGAGAAGCAACCACAGCUCAUUGUGAAGGGAACAUUGGACCGAGAACUAAAAGACUCUUAUGAACUGUAUCUCCGUGUGAGAGAUGGGGGAAACCCAGCUCGCUCCUCUCAGGCUCUGCUGCGUGUGUCCAUCACUGACGUCAAUGACAACAGCCCCCAGUUUGAGCGACCAACAUAUGAAGCUGAGAUGGCAGAGAACGCCCCUCCUGGUACACCUGUCCUCCAGGUGAGGGCUGCAGACCGGGACAUCGGUGUGAACGGACAGGUGGAGUACGUGUUUGGGGCUGCCACCGAGUCUGUCCGACGUCUGCUCCGUUUGGAUGAAGCGACAGGCUGGCUCAGUGUGCUCCACAGGAUAGACCGAGAGGAAGUGGCCCAGCUCAGGUUCACCGUGACGGCCAGAGACAGAGGUCAGCCCCCACGCACUGACCGCACUACUGUCGUCCUGUCUGUCCGAGAUGAAAAUGACAAUGUCCCCAGUGUGGAAAUUAGGAAAAUUGGAAGAAUCCCAGUUCGCGAUGGAGCGGCGUUGGUCCCAGAGAAUGUUCUGGUGGACACUCCUGUAGCUCUGGUGCAGGUGUCCGACAGGGAUCAGGGGGAGAAUGGAGCAGUGACGUGUACAGUGGUGGGAGACGUGCCUUUCACCCUGAAACCAGCUGGAGAGACUGCCCUCCCACCUCUGCCCGCUGAUGAAGCCUUUGACAGGUGA